CUGCUUCUCCAGGAAAGAACUUGAUUGCGGUUUAAAACCAGCCUCCAAGGAACGUCCGUGGAGCCUGCAGAUCUCAUCUGUCCGGGAUAAACCAUGGAGGAAAAGACAGAAACCCCAGACAGGACGUGGGAUGGAGACGGAGAAAAACAGGCCAAGCUGAGGAGGUGGGGACGGGAAGUGAGAUGGGUAAAACAGACCAUUUCUCAGCCCGCUUCACUUUUGCUCUCGUUCAAGGGCUACUGAACAGUCCCCCGAAAUCUAGCUCCCCUUUUCAGAAUGUGCUGGGGCUCCAUUUUAAUGCCUGCAGGCCUUAUUCUGCUUCUGCUUCCUCUCUGCCCGGAGAGUGGGCCAACGGCAACAGGGAUGCAGAGGAAACCACCGUUCCUUGAGAGACUGCGAAGGCUGGAGGAACAGUUCCGGCGUUUCCGGGAGGCAACCCUGACCCACCUCCAGAGGAUCACGGCCAACUACAACGUUUCCUACAACGUCGACACCCGCUUCCAGAACCUGACCGACGGACACCGCGCCAUCGCCUCCACCCUCAGGGAGGCCCAAGCGGCGGCCCAGGCUGACCGGAAGCACCUGGAGACCUGGAAAAGGAAGGUGGAGAAGAGGACCAAGGUGGUGCGCUUGAAGCUGUCAGCCCUGGAAGCUUCCCUGGAAGAAAGGGGCAGGCAGGGGGAGCGGCAAGAGAAAGAACGGGAGGAGCAGAGGACCGCCUUGUCCAAUCUCACGGGGACCCUGGUGAGAGACAUCGGUGCCCUGUGGGCCGAUGGGAAUGAGAUAAAGAGGGAACUGCGGGAAUUCCAGGCUGGGAUGCAAGGGCAAGAGGCCAGGCUGGGAGCCCUUGAGGAGCAGAUGCGGAGAGGCGAGCCGGGUGGAAUCCUCUCUCAGGCCCCCCUCCCUGCCACCGAGGUCGGGGACCAGGCUUCGCCGGAAAAGCAGGCCGGACCCCAGGACGGUCACCAAGAGAAGCACCCGCCGCGCCCCACGAAGGGACAGAUGGCACCCCGGAACAGGAAGAGACCUCGGCCAGGCAGACGCCAACCCGGCUCCCUGGCCGACGCCAAGGACAUCCUCCAAGAUUCCCGGUCACCAAAAGCGGAGAAGGAGCUGGAGCGGGCCACUGAUGGACCCCGUUUAGCCGGGGUGGCUGAGAAGAAUGACAGCCGGCUAAGGGAACGGCAGCUCCCGCCACAUCCCCAGAAACCUGGAUCGAUGUGCAACGUGGGGCCCGUGCUGGUUUUCCCCAACUCGUCACCCGAGAAUGCGGUCAGCUUCGGGCCAGGCUUCCCAGCCGGGCUGCGGGAACUGUCCGUCUGCGGCUGGAUCCGCACCCCGUCCGCCCGCCUGGGCACCCUCCUCUCUUACACCACGGAAGACAACGCCAGCGAGCUGGUGGUCCGCGGGGCGGAUGUGCCAGGCCCCGGCUCCGUCCGCUUGGUGAUCGGGGACCCGGCGUCCCGGGACCUGCCGGCGGGGCCGCUUCUGGACGACCACUGGCACCACAUGUGCCUCAUCUGGGCCUCCCAGCAGGGCAGGUACCGGUUCUACGUGGACAGGAGACUCGUGGCCACGGGCUCCAGGUUCCGGGAAGGCUACGCGAUCCCCCCCGGCGGGUCCCUGGGGCUUGGGCGGGAGCCGGACGGAGUCGGGGGCCCGUCGGAGGCUUUCGUGGGGAGCUUGGCCGGCUUUUCUCUGUGGGACCGGGCGCUGGCCCCCGGGGAGGUCUCGAACGUGGCGAUGGGCCAGGGGGUCCCGCCACGCCCCAUCCUGACCCCGGCUGAUGCUCUGACCCUUAGUGGAUCCGUGUGGAGGGUCAACUGCACCUGCCUGGACCACUGCCCAUGACUCGGACUGGCGGCCUUGGGCCACCACCUCCAGCCAAGCCCGGGCCCUUACCGCAGCCCGAAGGAACACUUGGCUGAGCCUCCUGAUCUGGCCCCAGCCCUUAAUAA